AUGGAAUCGGAAUCGAAACAAACGAAAAUUCCCUCAAAGAAUUUCUCCAUAGAAUCGAUUGUUGGUAUCGAUAGGCGGUCGCCGGAAAUCGAUAUUGAGAAUACGAUACAGGAUUACAACGAAGACGAUGACGUCAAGAAAGUGGGGUACUAUUUUCAAAAUCGUGUGCCGAAUUUUCCGUUUUUUAUGUAUGAGAAAAGGAAUGAUUAUCAAGGGGAGGAUCUGAAGAGGUCUAGCCCGGGCAGUGUGAGGAGCGAGGUGGAUAGCGACGGUGCUGAAGAUAGACCCCAUGAAUCACUAAGCCCUCAAUCCGAACAAAUCACAAACUCUUCAUCUGCACCUGAUCCAAAUAUCAGGAGAUACCGCACAGCGUUCACAAGAGAGCAGCUAGCAAGACUAGAGAAGGAAUUCAUGAAAGAGAACUACGUUUCAAGACCUAGGAGAUGCGAAUUGGCUGCACAGUUGCAACUGCCAGAAUCUACUAUUAAGGUAUGGUUCCAAAACCGAAGAAUGAAAGACAAACGUCAACGCAUAGCUGUAGCGUGGCCGUACGCAGCUGUAUACAGUGACCCAGCGUUCGCAGCGUCUAUUCUUCAAGCAGCGGCUUCUUCUGUUGGCCUACCCUAUAGCUAUCCCUCCCCCAUGCUACCUCCUUUCCACAACCCUCAACUCCUACCCACAGGAUAUCCAUACCCGUACCCGUAUCCGAGAUAUCCGUACAUUCCGCCUACACCGCCGUCGCCCGUGAACACCGAAACAAUACGGCCCGCGUAUCCGAAUUUCAAUUUGAAUGUUGACAAAUAAACUUUUUUUUGUUUAUGGCAAGUGUCAGUGUCAAGUAACUUUUUAAUUUUGACUCUGUUCGCGGUCAAAGGAUUCUGUAAUUUAAAAUGUCACUUCGAAUUUUUUGACGUUUUAAUACCUACUAAUGAUGAGAACAAGAUUUCGUUCAUCGGUAUCUUGUUUUGAUUUUUAAAGAUUAAGGAUAUCGCUCAUAUUAUUAUAAAAACUACUUAAGGGGUAGGUAUUUAAGAUCGAUAUGAAUGUAAUUGUAAUGCACGAUAUUAUUAAGAUAAUAUCGGAUUGUAUGUAUGUAAAUAUAGUUACGUAAUUUAUUGAUAUAAUUAUUAUAACCCAGUGUAUCUCUAGUAUUUAAAUUUAAAAGACAAGUUAUUCAUUCCAGUUUGUACAAAUGUUUUAAGUGUAGGUUUUUUAAUUCGUAGCUAUGUAAAAUACAGUUUUCUUGUAUAAAUACCAAAGCGUUAUUAUUCGAUAAGUGCAAUAUAUUUUUUAUCUGUAGUCCAAUUAGGUAUAAUUAUCUGUGGUAUGGUAAUGGAUAGAUUAAAUAACUUUAACUCAUAUCUACAUAAAAAUUGUAUUUAGAUGUACAAGAUUGUUUAUAUAAAUAAAAACUUGCAUUUUAUCUCAAAAAAUAUUAUUAUGUAUUCAUUUUAAAUAGUCAUCUUGUUUCACAAUU